CCUCCAGUCUGACGCAGGUCGCUUUGAGUGCACCGUGUCUGCCCUGCGCUGGGUUUGUAAGGAAAAGGUCAGCUUCAAAUACCAGUUCUGCUCAUGGGAGGACCACAGCGAGAGGCCUUUGUGCAUUGGUUACAUGCCAGCAGGACCCUUACUGGACAUCACGGUCAAAGCUGGGAAGUUUGAGGAGGUCCAUCUGCCACACUGGAUCUGUGUCGAUCACAGCUCCAAAAUGUCAGACAUGUUUGCGGUUCUGCAUAUUGAUACCUGUGGAGAUUUUCUGGAACAAGUGUUUGAAGUGACAUCGUCCCACGUCAAGUUAAUCCAGCCAGUCUUCUCCCCGCGACUGGUCAUGAUCCGAAAGAGACUCGGCUUGCCUGUGAAAGUUUUCUACGACGUGUGGAUAUACAUGACAAUCCAAUCUGCCCUCACAUUACACAUUUACCUGGUGCCACCCGAUCCAGCUUUGAAAAAG